GUCUCGCUCCGCAGGAAGCACGGCCCACGCCGUCCCGAGGGCUCACUCGGCCCGCACGGUGCGGCCGUUCAAACCGGCGAGUGUGCGUCGCCAGCGUCCGGCCAGCCUCACUGCUCCCGCCACGCCGGGCCCUCGCUGACUUCUUCUCCGCGUCCGACGCAACCAGCAGCAGCGCUGCCGCCGCGUCCUUUACGACCGCCCCGUCUUCCCACGGAUGUGAUCUUCGUGGUGGGAAACCAAGUUUCUAAACUACCCCAAUGGAUGCAGACAGUGAUGUUGCAUUGGACAUUUUAAUUACAAAUGUAGUCUGUGUUUUUAGAACAAGAUGCCAUUUGAACUUAAGGAAGAUUGCUUUGGAGGGAGCAAAUGUAAUUUAUAAGCGUGAUGUUGGGAAAGUAUUAAUGAAGCUUAGAAAACCUAGAAUUACAGCUACAAUUUGGUCCUCAGGAAAAAUUAUUUGCACUGGAGCAACGAGUGAAGAAGAAGCUAAAUUUGGUGCCAGACGUUUAGCCCGUAGUCUGCAGAAACUAGGUUUUCAGGUAAUUUUUACAGAUUUUAAGGUUGUGAAUGUUUUGGCAGUCUGUAACAUGCCCUUUGAAAUCCGUUUGCCAGAAUUCACAAAGAACAACAGACCUCAUGCCAGCUAUGAACCUGAACUUCAUCCUGCUGUGUGCUAUCGGAUAAAGUCUCUAAGAGCUACGUUACAGAUAUUUUCAACAGGAAGUAUCACGGUGACAGGUAACCUGGACUUGAUGCACACCUGUUCCGAACUGCAUCACUCGCUUCUCAUGGAUGCCGCGCUGUCUUGUGUGGGCUCACGGUCAUCCUCAUCAGGUGUUCUUCAUGCUCACAUGGCUGUGUCUGCCGCACAUGGUCUCAGUGUACUUAGGACACAACUGUACUUGCAGACAUUUGAAUAGGAAUAUCCCACCAUAAUCUUCAUAGUAUAACUUUUAAUGUAUGCAAUAUUACAUUUAAAUUAUGUAGGAGAAGCCCAUUUUUUCAGGUCUGGAGAUAGAUAUUCAGUAUAACUAAUUUCUGUUAUUUUCUCCAUGUGCUUCCUUGUCUCAUUUGACUCCACCAAGUACUUGGAUGGGGUAGCUUCAGUAGGUAGUGCACAUGUCCAGGAAGGCAUUUGCUUGCAGUUUUUGGUUUUUUUUUUUAAAGAGUACUGUGAUAAUAAAUUAUACUUGGACAUACUUUAGGAGUCAGGCCCUGAAGACAAAAUGGUCUAAGAUAGAUUAAGGAAUCUUGUUGAAUUUUUUUUUUUAAAUAUUUAUUUUGUACAUGAGUACACUGUAGCUGUCUUCUGACACACCAGAAGAGGGCAUCAGAUUCCAUUACAGAUGGUUGUGAGCCACCAUGUGGUUGCUGGGAUUUGAACUCAUGACCUCUGGAAGAACAGUCGGUGCUCUUAACCACUGAGCCAUCUCUCCAGCCCUUUUUUUUUAAUUCUCAAGUGAAUGAAGACUCAACCAAUCAGCUGCAGUUAACUCAUGCCAUGUAUUUUUCCUUCUUCUCAAAGCCAAUUGCCAGGCUCCUGCCUGAAUCUUAAAAAUGAGGCAGAGAAAUUGUUCUCUUAUUUCAGAUGCUUCUAAACUUCUGAGUAGCACAUUGUAAACCUAAAGAGGCCUUUAGUCCCAGCACUGAAGCAGGCAGAUCUUUGUGGGGCCGGUCUGGUCUACAUUGUGAGACUCUGACUUAAGGGCAGGAGGGACGGUGAUAAACAGGACACUGUAGCAAACUUAAGAAAACUGAGCUGCUUAAUUACUAGACUUUGUGUUUGACUGACUUUUUUUUAAGUAUAAUUAUCGAAUUGAUAGGUUAAAUACCUUACCAAACUGAAGACAGUUGACCUGAUUAUUACCAUGCCAUAUAUACAUAAUGCAGAAUCUCCUGUGAAUGUAUGGUUCCUGAGAGCGUUGUACAGUGGGUGAGGCGAGCCAGAAGGAGUGGGUCAGGAUACAGUGUGUGCAGUGCUAGGGGAGCUUACAGUCGGUGGGCAGCUAAGCUUUCAUGACUUUUCAAGGGGUGAUUAUAUUAUUCGCAAGACUGCUUUGUUCACACGUUUAAGAAACGUUUCUUCAUUUCGUGUUCCUUUUGAUCAUGUAAAUGUGCGAGUUCCAUGGACUAAUUACUCCAUUGCAUGGCCUUGUCACCUGAUGCUGCCUCCAGAAUUCUGCUGAAUUAAAUAAGCUCUGAAGUCAGUGGUUGCCUCCGUGCUGGCGUGAGCUGAGCACUUUCAGAGCCUACAGAGAAAGAGCCAGAGCUUGGGUAGCGGCCUUCCAUCUCCUGGCUGUUCUCCUCGGCCUGUGCCCCUCAGAGCAGUUCUUCGUGCCAGUGCCAGAAGCUUAAGCACAUGACGCUGUGCUUUAAAACAGUGUACUGCCUGGGUCUUACUCUGACUGUGUUCGUGACUUUGUAAGUGUGCAGUAGUGUUGUGAACAGGCCUGAGCUUCUAAACCAGGGGAGUGAGUGUGUCUAACUCCGGGAAAUCAGUGCCCCUCUCUGGCCUGCUCUCAACCCUUCCUCCUCCUCCUUGUUACAGGGCCCAAUGUAAAGGCUGUGGCCACAGCCGUGGAGCAGAUCUACCCAUUCGUGUUUGAAAGCAGGAAGGAGAUUUUGUAACUCAGACUUCGUUGGUUAGAGUCUCUAACUGAGCACCAUUUGAAACCUGCUGCACAUUGGACUCGAAACACAAGGAAAACUGGACCAACAGUGACUGAGGACAGAGACUCGUACUCACGGCUACAGUGUAAGCUCCAGUCUCUUUGGAUUUUACUUCAACCUUUGCUGUAAUAUAAAAAGGAAGUUUACAAGACAUGACAUUGCUGCUUUUACAAAAGGACGUUCUAUUUAUUUUCGCAGUGAUCUCAUGUCCCCACAGGCAGAGCUGUCGCAGUGUGCACUACCUUACAGUUGUUUUAUUGAUGUCAUUAUUUUUCCAGUUGGAGCUAAUGUGUUUGAUUUGUGAAUAGUCUUUUACAUUUUUGUAUGCUGAAUAUAGGCACCAAAGAACCUGUAAACGUUAUCUUUUUAAAUUGAAUGUGCACAAAUAAAAGUUUGGAAAAGA